CUUUUGCCCGUUGUGCCCGUUAGACAAGGGCAGGAGACUGAGGAGAGGUCAGACUGUCAGAGGUGCCCCCCCCCCACACACACACACACAUUCACACCCGUCUCCAGCAUCCAUGAUAAUGCUAUACAGUAUCAAACUCUCUUACAAAAGGUAUUGUGUGAAGCACAAAAUGCAGUUACAAUCAAAACAAGAAACACCAUGCAAUUCUAAAAAGCUAAUAUUUAAAUCAGUUCAACGCAAGAUAGUUUUUUGUCACUGUGAUAAACGAUAUGACCAACGGUGUUGUUAUUCAUUUGUAUAGAUCCCAGGACUAAGGAAUGGUUCCUAGUGCCAUCUAUCUACAGUCCUCUUUCAGCAUGCCUUUUAUAUGUUUUGGUUGUUAAUCUUGGACCACGAUUCAUGGAGAGACGACAACCACUUGAGCUUAAGAUACCAAUGGCUUUGUACAACUUUGGAGCAACAGCAUUAAACGUAUAUUGUUUUUCAGAGGUAUACAGUGUGUUUAUAAUAAAGUUAUUAUCAAAUAUACAAUAUCACAAAUAACUAUAUAAUUAUAAUAACUAAUAUGAUUAUAAUCAAGUUUUAUUGAACAGUCCUUUUCAAUAUUUUGUUGUAGCUUCUGAUUGGCUCAUGGAAAGCUGGAUAUCGGUAUAUAUGUAAUAGAGUGAUAAUUUCAACAGAGCCUCAACAUAUGCGGGUAAUUAUCUUUUGUCUAGACCACCAUUGUCAAGAGUACUCUGUUGUGUUUAUACAGGGUGUAUAAAAAAAAGGAGACCUUUAGAAAUCAAGCAUAUUGUUAAAAUUUGAAUGCCAUUUCAAUUGCACAUAUGCUGAACUGUGGUGCGUGAAAUAUUGAUGGGUGCAUAUAUUAGAAAAAGGAGAACUUUAGAAAUCAACCAUUGUUAUUAUUUGAAUCCUGGAGCACUUAGCUAAGCACAUGGCAGAUUGUUCCCAGGAGCAGACAAUCUUUUGUUUAAAUGUUAUUUCAAAUUCUAAAGGUCUCCUUUUUAGUGUGAAGUUUCACUUCACACUAUUGUGAUGGCUGGCGAAUUCACACGAAUCAGUCAAACAGUCAGUCAGUCAGUCAGUCAGUCAGUCAGUCAGUCAGUCAGUCAGUCAGUCAGUCAGUCAGUCAGUCAGUCAGUCAGUCAGUCAUAGAGUAAACUUUCCGGGGGGUGUAGACGAUUUAUGUUCGUAGUGAUUUAUUGUACUUACUUAGUACUUUGAAGGUUAUUUAGGCAAUUUCAGUUAACUUAUUUACAUAUUCUGUUAUCCUUUUGCCAAGUUCACAAAAAUUUCGAGGAAUCGCUUUCUUUAUUGUAUUUUUUUGUAAAUUUUAGAACAUUCACUUCUCAUGUUGUGUAAAGGAUCUUUACCCCGGAACCCCCGAUUUUUUUUAGUAGCGCAAAUGCGCAUGCGCUAUCAAGCCGUAGAUCACGAUGGCGUGACGAUAUGCUAGGAAGGGGUGACAGUGUUGUUUUCAGAUGUAUAAAGAUUUCAGACGUGAAUAUUGAGUAAAUCUUUGAAAAUCUACGCAAUAUAUAAAUUGAUCUUAUGCAUUACGGGCGUUCAAUUAAGUGCCGAUAAUAUUUAGACGGUAUAUUCAUUAUACAGAGCUAGGAAGGAGCUAGACCGCCUAGACAGUGCAGUCAAGUGUGUAAACAUUUCAGACGUAAAUAUUGAAUCGAAUAUCUUGAUUCCAGGCAUUCAUUUAUAUGCCGAUAUUAUUUUCACGGUAUUCUCAUUAUACAGAGGUACAGUACGUAGGCAGAAGCGAGACAGUGUUGUUUUCAAGUAUAUAAAGAUUUCAGACGUGAAUAUUGAGUAAAUCUUUGAAAAUCUACACAAUAUAUAAAUUGAUCUUAUGCAUUACGGGCGUUCAAUUUAAUAAGUGCCGAUAAUAUUUAGACGGUAUUUUCAUUAUACAGAGCUGGGAAGGAGCUAGACCGCCUAGACAGUGCAGUUAAGUGUAUAAACAUUUCAGACGUAAAUAUUGAGUCGAAAAUCUUGCUUCUAGGCAUUCAAUUGAGUGCCGAUAUUAUUUUUUCACGGCAUACUCAUUAUACAGAGUCUGUAUAAUGAGUAUGCCGUGAAAUUACAGAGGUACAGUACGUGCAGGCAGAAGCGAGACAGUGUUGUUUUCAAGUAUAUAAACAUUUCAGACAUGAAUAUUGAGAAAAUCUUUGAGAUUCUACGCAAUAAUAGUAAUACAAUAUAUAAAUUGAUGUUAUGCAUUACCGUCGAUAUUAUUUAGACCGCGUAUUCGUUAUACAUUCUCAUUGACUGUAUAAGGUGCUACAUCACAGAAUAGAUGGCUAUACUCAGUACAAAGAGCGAAAAAUUGCAUCAGAUUUGUAUCAGAUCAAUAAAGCAUAAACAACUAUUAAACAGAAGCGGGUAAACGUUUGUACGGGCGUUUACGAAGAAAAAAACUUACGAGACUAAAGGAAUCAGUUGAGUCAGAGCUUGUUGUAUAAAUAAGAAAGACGAGGAGAUAGCCAACGUGUUUAGGUGUUAUCGCCAACGUGUUAUCGCUAAUCGCUUAAUUGGCUCGCCAACAAGCUUUAUGCAAUAGAAGAAAAAAGCAAGGAGGUACAUGUAGCCAACGUGUACAUUCACGGACCUUGUCCUUGUCUUUGUUUACUGUCUAGUGUCUAGCACAACGCCGUUGUCAACGGUGCAAACUCGUAAUCAGUGCAACGAUAACUCUACCAGAUCUUACGAGAAUCAAUCUGUAGUAUUCUGUACACAGAACUGUAUCAAAGCUUAUCAAAAAUGUUUUAAACACUGCUAUAACUGUGAAACUAUUGAAAUCUAAAGUGAUAUUUAUAUUCAACACAUGCGAAAAGCUGAAAAUAGACACACAUCACACUGGGAAAAGUCAAAGGUCAAUGAAACGUUAAAAUGCGGAAGCGGAUGGAGCGGAUCCACGGAACGGAUAUGCGGAUAAAAUACGGAACGGAUGAGGAUAAAAUGCGUCUUUCAAUGAUGUAACGACGUAGUGCUUAUUAUUCAUAACAUAUCUUAUACAGCUAUUUCAAUUAUAGUUUAUUAGAUAAAUUUAGCAUAGCAGUAGCCUCGUGGGGAUGCUUUCAGCGACAGCUGCAAAUGCAAAUGAAAAUUUAGAAUAUGCAACAUUUGGUUGUUGGUGACACAAUAAAUAGAUGAAUUGCAUCAGUUUCACAAGGCACGUUUCUGAUGUGUUAGGCUUGUUUCAAACGUCACGCUACUCGUAUGCCGAGCGUAUUAAAAGCAAUAAAUAAUGAGAUUAAAUGCCUUUGGUAACUGUUUAUUUCGUAGUGUAAGCCAUCAAGCUUUUCUAGGUUGUCGGCGACCCUAUAUAGUUCUUGCAGUGCCUUUUUAAAUUUGAAACUUCACACUAUCCUUGGAUCCCUAGUUCUAAUAUAUGCAUGCAUCGAUAUAUUUCACGCAAUACGGUUCAGCAUAUGUGCAAUUGAAAAGGCAUUCAAAUUUUAACAAUAUGCUUGAUUUCUAAAGGUCUCCUUUUUUUUGAUACACCCUGUAGUGCUGCUCGUAUGUCAGUUCAUUUUCGAAAUCGAUUAAUCAUUAUCAACAAUCGAUUAACAUCGAUCAAUCUUAUUAAUUGGAUAAAUGUAGGCACGUUCACGGUAGUUAAUGUUGCUUCCAAGAAAGUGGCAUGUUUUAGAGUAACAAAACAUCGGAUUGAUAUGGAGGCAACUACUGUAUACCUGAAAAAUACAAGGCGAACUUCGAUGUUUCCAGCGAAGGUCCAUCGAGCCCCGACGAAGGGCCUUCGCUCGAAACGUCGAAUAUCUCCUUGUAUUUUUCAGGUAGUUGCAUCCCCAUCAACUGAAGUUUCGUUCUUUAUGUUUUGACAUCCCCUGAGAGAGCAAGUGGUAGUAGAUAAAUCAAACAAGUCGCACAUCGACAAUACCAUCACGUAAUUUUUUUUCAAUCGGGAAAGAAAGUUACCCAGGUAUUAUGCUAUGCACGGCUGUUUAGUUAAUUCAAUUAUUAUUGAAUAUUCGACUGCAAAUAAAGACCGAAUCUGGAGCCACUGCAGUUGUGCCUGUGUUCGACACAAUUCAGUGAUCUAUCUAGUCGGGUGGUACCUACAGUGGAUAUUAAUACCCAGCCGAUAUAAAUGAGCACAGUGGAAAAUUGAGAAUGGAAACUUACCAUACAUUUUUUGUACGUAGUUGUAUGCAGUGGUGAAGCUAGCUAUAGCAACAGGUCAUGCUAUGCAAAUUAAUAAUUAUUUGCAUUAUUCAAACCUUUUGAAAUGUAUUGUGCCUAUAUCAUGGUUUUGGAGUUUGCAUAUCUCGAAAGUGUAGAGUAUUUUAAGACACUUUGCAAUAGAUUUUGUUAUUGAAAAAUAUCAUCUUGAUGGAUUUAUUAGCUCUUAAAGUUACCGCGGACAUGACGUCAAAAGGAGAAUUGCAAAUCAGUUUUCUUUUGUAUCAUUGCAACAAAAUUCUCCUUUUGACGUCAUGUCCGGUAACUUAAAAAGAGAUAAUAAAUCCAUCAAGAUGAAAUUUUUCAAAUAACAAAAUAUUUUAAGUGUCUUAAAAUACCCUACACUUUCGAGAUAUGCAAACUCCAAAACCAUGAUAUAGGCACUUUAACCUAUUUAGAUGCAGGUUAGCAUAGCAUGACCAGUUGCCAUGGCUAGCUUCGUCACUGGUUACGUGUUUGUGUGUUGUGUGUUAGAUUUCGAUAACAAGUCCAUUGAAUUUUGUGGCAUGUUGUCAACAAGCUGUUGACAUGUUGUUAGCAAGCUGGAAACAACUAGUGCCAAACCCUGCUGAAAGGCAGUAACGACUUGCGCUUUCGUACACGUGCAAGCUAUAGAUAUAUUUAUCACCGUGCAAACAAGCCUGGUACCCAGAGCUUCCGCGUGCAUGUGGCAACCAUAACUCGCCCUUUUUAGCUGUCCACCACUGAUUCCAUUCCUACAUUACUUUUUAUUUCUUCUAAUAGAUCGCGAACGCUAUAUGGUGGUUUUAUCUAUCAAAAUAUUAUGAAAUGCUAGAUACGGUAAGAAAAUAUUUUAGUAUGAACAAUUUUAGUAUUAAGUAGCUAGCUACAGUUGCAGAAACACGCGUGGGAGUGUGGUAGAGCGAGAACGGGCGAGUUUUUCCACGUUAUUUUGUGUUCUUCCAAACUACCACAAAUGUUUCUAUAUUAUCAUAACUGUAUAGAAACACAGGAAAUUUUUUAAAAUUUUUUUUAUAAUAUAUAAAUCAAGAAAAGUUUUUAUGGCCAUUUUGUUAAUUACCACAGCCAGGGCUUGAAGUAGGGAAAAAUAUGGCCUGCCAGUCUAAAACUUUUAGGCAGGUGAAAUAAAUUUUAGCCUGCCAUUUUUAUUCAUUUAACUGUCAAAAUGGCGAUGUCUCAUAUAAGAGUCAUUUUGUAAAAAUGGAUGUUUUCAUGAUAUACAUUUUUAUUAUUUUUAAACUUGCCUAUUUUACUAGAGUAAACUUGGAUUUACAUUUCAAAUAUAAACGUAUUUAGUCAACUAAAUUAUCUAGUAUAUACUGUAUGAGUUGUGGUAAGCAAAUGAAAUGAAAUACAGUAUAUUCUAUAGAAUUUCACCUGUCAUUUUUUUACGUGGCAGUUCAAAUUUGUUUUUGCCUGCCAUUUCUAAAAUAUGGCCUGCUUUUGGCCAUUGGCAGCUCGCCAUUUCGAGAUCCAUUCAUCGGUUGCCCGGUUGCCUUUGCUCGUCAAUUUGAGUAUUAAAUCAAAUAGUCAAGUUCUUUAUUUAAAGUGAAAAUUCCCUUUUUGUCUUGUGAUUCCUUUUGUUUACGUUUUAAAAUCUAAGGUGCGAGAUGGGAAAUUUUCCGUGUUUCAUGCAUACAGAGAUAGAAACGUGCUUCUUAUAACCAAUCAACGCUCGCGUACUAUAAUUGUAUAAAUGGCCGCUUUUGUUAUUAAUUAUAUUAAUUAUAGUGGCCGCUUUUGCCAUUCGAAAGACUGACCAUCGCAAAAUGAUGUUUAUUUCAAUCUUAUUAGCUCAUGGCGUCAAUUGCACACUGGGGAAUGUGAUUUCAAAAUCGCUCGCAUUAUAGCUUGAAAUGGGUUUGUCUGCAUGCCAAUAUGCGCGCACAUGCUUUUUUGAAUGCUAUAACACGCUUGAGUUGUACUGUAACGUCUAAAAUGAAUAUAAUAAAGUGGAAAUUGGGCUUCGUGUCGUGCAAUUUUUAUCUGAAAACAAAUCACACUGCCGUUCUGCAGCCGUGCGAUUUUGUAAUCACGCGUUUGAUUUCAGUCCAACUUGCACUCCACUCAGUCUAAUUGGAGAGGUUCAGAUUAAACUUCCACUACUGCUACCCCUACUAUUAAGGGGUCACUACCGCUACUCCUAACCCUAACCAAUCAGAUGUGCGCUAAACCAGUGAGAGGUAGCGAUAGUGGAAGUCAAAUCUGAAUCUCUCUAAUACCAUUAUAAAUACAUGUUUUCUGAGCACUGUAUAUAUUUACGUACAGGUAUUUUUUAUCCUCCGCAAGAAAAACAACCAGAUCACUUUUCUUCAUGUUUAUCAUCAUACAUCUAUACUAGCACUGUGGUGGAUUGGUAUUAAGUGGGUUCCAGGUGGUACCGGUAAGUUAGUACUGCACAAUUUAAACAGUAGAUGUAGCAACAUGGAUAAUAAAAUAAAUGGAUAGGACUCUAGCUGACGUCACAGUCUAAACCUAGUUGCAACCUGUGACGUCACGCCUUGCCAAAGUUCUUGGCUUUUUUGUUGUUUUGCUAUAUUUUCCGCUUUAAAGGGGUAAUAUUGAAGCAUGAACUGGUCUAAUUGUUUUAAAAACAUGCCUAAGCCACGACAAAGUAUUCAAGGUAAAUGUUUUUCGUCUUUGUUUUGUAUUUUUUUACAUUUGUAGCUACGAAAUUGGCGUCCCCAAUUUUAAUGAAAUUUGGGAUGCAUUUUUCACUGUUUAGUGCCUGAAAUUUCGCUAAAAUUGACUGGAAAUACUUAGAGAUUUCAUCAUAGAAUGGCGCAGUUAUAUUUAUUUGCUCUUUGACUAAAAUGUUUAGCUGUAUUAUUGCUAAACAUGCCGUUUUUGAGAAUUUGGUUUGCAACUAGGUUUCCAACAUCCAACCACGCCAUCAGCCCAUUGAAAACGUUAGGUCACGUCAGCUAGUUUCCUAUCCAUUUAUUUUAUUAUUCAUGGUAGCAAGUAUACACGUAUUUGUUUUUGGAGAAAUGUGAGAAUACAAUGCGCCAUUUACUGAAUUAUUGCAUAGCUAAAUCUUUCUGUUGUGAUACUAUACAUUUCGGACAAGAAUGAUCCCAAAUUUUUCAAUAAAUUAGCUCUCCAAUUCAAUAUGGUCUCGUGGUUUUUACUCCAACUUACAUAGGUCAAAAAUUAAAAAGUAGAAAUUCGCACACAUAUAUAUGCUGUAUAAGAACUUAAAUUCUCAUUUGCCGCACUCCCGCUGUGGAGAAAAAUCUUCAAAAAAUAGUUGUCAUUCUUUUUUCUCCUAAAUUAAUUAUAUGACCAAGGUAAUCACUGCUGCCUUAGAGAAUACUUCAAGACUAUCAGUAUUACAAAAUAUAUAUAAAUAUAAUACCAUGUAUUAUAUUAUAUAAUACCAUGUAUUAAAUCUUUAAAAUUCUGGAAUGUCUGCAUGCUAUAUAGAUGUAGCAUAGAACACCGACUAGCCUCGUUUUGGUACUUUUUCUACAUUUCAAAGGACUAUAUAAUUUCGCUUAUAGGGCCUUAUUAUGGCCUCUGCCAUUCGAACGUUUUCAAAAUUUAAAGAGGCCGUCAAGUCCGUUCUGCUCAUGCGCGUGUUUUGUUUACAUUUUUGUUUCAAACAAUAGAUAAUUUAAUUAAAAUUCCGAUCUGUGGGCCCACAAGUUAGCUCAUUACGCAUUCAGAAUAUAUCACGAAGGAAAAAUUGAACUACUAAAGCAACAAUUUAGCCCCCAAACAACAAAUGUUAAAUCGAAAAUGCUAAGAAGCAUUUCUUGCAGAGGUCUGGACAAAAUUUGACUGCAAUUUGUACACAUUUAGCUCCAAAACGACAAAUUUAAGAUUGAAAAUGUUAAGAAACACAUCUUUAUACAAAGAUAUGGACAAAUUUUUUUACAGAUUGCAGUCAAAUUUUGUCCAGACCUCUGUAAGAAGUGCUUCUUAGCAUUUUCCAUUUAAAAUUUUGCUUUAAUAGUUCAAUUUUUCCUUCGUGAUGCAUUCUGAAUGCGUAAUGAGCUAACAUGUGGGCCCAGUGGCCCACAGAUCGGAAUUUUAAUUAAAUUAUCCAUUGUUUGAAACAAAAAUGUAAACAAAACACGCGCAUGAGCAGAACGGACUUGACAGCCUCUUUAACGGUAAUCUAAUAAUAGUAUAUUUUUUCAGCUUUUUAUAGUUCUAUGGUGAACUCUUUCAUUCACAUUGUGAUGUAUACAUAUUAUGGUUUGAGUGUAUUUCCUUCAAUUCGCAGUUAUUUGUGGUGGAAACGAUACCUCACGCAGCUUCAACUGGUAAGAAUAUUUAACGGCUAAUGAAAAUUUAUUGCGUACAGUAGUUACAACUCUUGUUCAUGUAUAUGAUAUGCAAGGACAGGUCAUUUACAAAGCGCCAUUUAUGCAGGUUAAGGCCGAUUUACACUACACAACUUUUGCCUAAAACUGUCACAUGCAACCUGCUUACAACUUGGGUUGUACUGUGUAAAUCAAGCACAGCAUUUGAAUGCCAGUGGAAACUCUUAAUAUUUGGUAGCUGUCACGUGAUCAGGGCGCAAUAAUUGUUCCAAAAACAUGAUCAUUGCAAGCUGUUGAGCCCAAGCCCGCCGCCCACUCGGCAGCUUGUAUAAAAAGCCCGCGAAAUAAGAUAGCUUGUACUAGAUUCGCCUCUUUAAACGAAGAAGAACUGUGUAAGUUAUUGUGCCCGCCGAUCGCUAUAGUCUUGGCUUUCUUAAAGAUGCGGUGCAGUCCGAUCUGCGCAUGUACACAAAGGAGCCCUCUUUUUAUUAUACAAACAGUUUAUUUAGGUUUUUAUUUCAUUUUAAAGUCUUGCAAAGCUUAAUUAAUUGUUGUGUUUUGAUAAUUUAUUAUAACUCUAGAAUCAUGAAAAUAUAAAUAGUUGUCGAAUAAAAUUCAAUAUUUUGGAUACUGACAUGUAAACAAAGCCUUUGUUUACAUACGGACUGUAUACCGCAUCUUUAAUUGUCUAUUCUUUUCUCAGCUUUCUCAAAUUCUUGAUUUGAAACAACAUUUCCCCCAUUCAUACAGCACUUUUGCGCAAACUUAUAACCCUUUUAAACAGGUUUUAACGGCGUGUUGAAGAACAUACAACGAUCAUGGUCUUUCUUCCUCUUAUAUAGUCAAAGGACAUUGGCAAUAAAAAAAUAGUUUGUCUCAUUCAAAAGAACUCUUAAAAUUAUAUAUUAAACUCUAUUACCGAUUUGUCAUAUCUUGCUUAGUUCUUGAAAUAUUUAGACCGAAAUUAAUGAGCUUUCCGCCAUCUUGGAAAUUUUUUUACCUCAUUAACUAUGGUUUUGAUGACGUCAGGAGUUGGGUUAACCAUAUAAAACUACCCUAAAAUGACCGAGUAACAAUCCAAAAUUGUUUGAAAUGUUUUUAAUCAUUUCUAAAUUUCAGACAGCAACCAGAAACGAAAUUUUGGACUCAUAUUGAUCGCUUACUCUCAAGAUAAAAAAUUAGCGUGACCCCUCUCUUGACGUAACAUGCAUAUCUUCAAUAAUCCAAGAUGGCGAACAGCUCACUUUUUUCAGUCGAAAUAUUUUGAAAACUAAGCAAGCUAUAAACAAUCUGUAAUAGAGUUUAAUAUAUAGUUUUAAGAGUUCUUUCAAAUGAACUAAACGUGCCAAUGUCUUUAAUUAUUCCCAUUCGCCAAUGUCUUCAUGAUCAAUUCAAAGCAUAUUGUGAAAAAUAUAAUUACUGAGAAAUUUUGAGUUUCCAAACUCAAUUGAAGAUUGCUAUUUUAAUACCGUAACAGGUCCGUAGCUACGGACGCGAUAAUUGGGGGGGGGGGUUGAAUAUUCAUAUACUCGUGUUCUGCCCGACGGAUUUCUUUUGAAAGCGAUUGUUUUUACGGUAUGUGCAUGAACAUGAUUAUACGAAUAUUCAACCCCCCUCCCAAUUAUCGCGUCUAGUUAUGGCCCUGACCGUUAGAAACGUGGUUGUAUUAAUCCCUGGACUUAUGUCCUAAAUACAUUCUUGACUGCAUAAUUGUUAAGAAAUUUAAGUUUAUAAGUUCGUUGCAAUUGUGCAUGGGAAUAAUAAUAAUAUCAGUUUUGACUUGUGGAAAAGCCAUGUAAAUUUAUUAUUUGCCUGGCCCUGGGUCUUCAUCUGCGCUAGUAAAGUUUCGAAUUUUAGUUGUUGACAAUGUGUGAACUGAUUCACAAAGUUUGACUUCUCCAAUCUAUCUAAGCGAAACUGUGUCUCGGUACUAAGUAGUUUUACGUACAUUUUUUACAUUUAGAUCCAAUUCCUGUCGUAUGUCGUACAAGCAGUCCUAGCUCUUUACGACGACUGUGGUUUUCCUCGCUGGGUCAGUUAUGGUAUGAUGUCCUAUAUGAUCACCAUGAUUUCAUUAUUUGGAAACUUUUACUUCAGAACUUACCGUAAUGCAAGAAGUAAGCGAGAAGGGGAGCACAACAAACAAAAUGGUGACGUACAAAUCGGGAUAGUCCAGAAUGGAACCCAGAAGAAAAUUAAUUGACAAUAAAAGGGUAUUUUACCUGGUUAUAAGCAAUCCAUUAAUUUAACCUGCGAUUAUGCUCUAUUUUAGAAAUAGAGAGGGCCUGAUACAAAGUCCCAAACUUUUAUCAGGUCGCUUCCUGCCCCAAAUAUAUCCGACAAAAAUGUCCAAGGAGAAAUGUAAAUUUCAUAAUCUACAGUAAUGAAAGUCACAACUACUAUAUAAGUAUAUUCUGAUCAAUAUAGUAUUAUCUAAUAAGCGUUAAACAUUCAAAGAGCUUCAACCGAAAUUCGAUUGUGUGGCACGAACUUUUAAUAACAUUUGUACCGACAGAAAAAUAAAGCCUGAUCGCAGGUUAGCAUGAAUUAGUCCAGUCAAUCUGUGACCAGAGGUCAAAGAAAUUGCAAUAGAAUUUUUUCAGUGGUAAAAUGUGAGGGAAGGUGUCGUGAUUAACAUACUAAAAAUAAAAAAACCCUUAGUGGAACAUGGUGAAAAUCGAGUUUCUCUUACUUCUACCUAUAGAAAACCAUUGUGGACAGAAUGUUCAAAUUUUGAAAUCAUUUUUAGGCAAAUGUAACGUACAUUACUGGAAAGCUUAAACAAAACUAUAUAAAGGUCAAUUAAAUCGUUACAUUCAAUUUACUAGCCAGUUUGUCGUUAUUCUAGCUCAAAGUUGGAAAAAUAACGCAAAAUUGCACAAAAUACAAAUUUAUGGCAUUUUAAAUCUUGUAUAACUUCGGCUUGAUAGGCAAAAUCAAGGUAACCGUUUAAUUGAUCUAUAUUUAGUUUUUUCUAAGCUUUCCAAUGAUGCAGGUUAUAUUUGCAAAAUAAUAAUUUCAAAAUUUCAACAUUUUGUCCGCAAUGAUAUUCUGUUGGCAGAAGUAAGAAAAACUCGAUUUUUACCAUGUUCCACAGAAGGAAUUUUUUUUUAUUUUCCCCGAGCCGACGCCGUGCGAGGGUACUAAUUCCUCCCGGCUAUUUACACCCUGGGAAACGAAAGCAUUAGCCAAGUCUAAAGUUCAUCAAUGAGCGCGGGCGUCGGUAACCAACGAUGCUGAGUGGGUAGUCAUCCUCACUGAUCUCAAAAAUGUGGCUGAUUGCUUGUAGGAGUGGGAUGAGCAAGAUUUCAAUUUUAAAAGACAUAUAUUUCGGAAAAUCGUUUCAUUCACAACAAGCUUGAAGCAAUUUUGUUUGAAGAAAUUAGAAGAAUUGAUUUACGAUGGGGAAUCGUGAAAUAUACGACAAGUUUGCUUUGAAUAUUUAAUGUUUAGUAUGUUUACGAAUUUUGUUGCUUUAAACUUUUUGCCUAAAAACAUGAACUGUUUUCCUUUUCAACGAAGCUCUAAGUUUCAUAAAUUACCGUUUAAUUUGAGAAAAAAUGUUAAAAUGUAAAGGAGCUGAACUGAACUGAAAUUACCUAUUAAUAAAUUUGUUUUAUUUGUAACUUAUUCUGUUUUAUUAUUAGGUUUAUAUCGGCAAAUGAACUAUUGUUGAAUGAACAUUUCAAAACAUUUUACGAAGCGUUUCAAGUUAAAUUUUACAAUAAAUCAAAGCUCAC